GGCAUCUGUAGCAUUGUGUUAUUGCGUCUAUGUAUGUGUUUCGGGGUGCCGUUCGUUGGAAACUCAAGAAAAUAAAUAAUUAUGAGUUUCUUUGGAUUUGGCCAAUCAGCUGAAAUUGAGAUUGAGCUUGAUGGGGCUGAGUCUCGCAAACUGGUGGAGAUAAAACAAGAAGAUGGGAGAAAAGACCGAUACUAUCUAUACUAUGAUGGUGAAACAGUGUCAGGCAAGGUUAACCUCAGCCUGAAGAAGCAAGGCAGCCGGUUGGAACACCAAGGUGUGAAGAUUGAGUUUGUUGGACAGAUUGAGCUCUAUUAUGAUCGCGGUACACAGCAUGAGUUUACCUCCCUUGUAAAGGAGCUUGCUAGGCCUGGUGAACUCAUCCACAAUACUUCUUAUGACUUUGAGUUCAACCAGGUGGAGAAACCUUAUGAGUCCUACACCGGCACAAAUGUUCGACUCAGGUAUUUCCUGAGAGUGACGAUUGUGCGCCGUAUCUCGGACAUAGUUCGCGACAUGGACCUCAUUGUGCACACGCUGUCAUCCUACCCUGACAGCAACAACUCCAUCAAGAUGGAAGUUGGCAUUGAAGAUUGUCUUCAUAUUGAGUUUGAGUACAACAAAUCAAAGUAUCAUCUGAAAGACGUGAUUGUAGGCAAGAUUUACUUCCUGCUUGUCCGGAUAAAAAUCAAGCACAUGGAGAUAGCCAUAAUGAAGAGAGAAACUACGGGGUCUGGCCCCAACACAUUCAACGAGAACGAGACGAUAGCCAAGUACGAGAUCAUGGACGGCGCUCCUGUCCGAGGGGAGAGCAUUCCAAUCCGGGUCUUCUUGGCGGGGUACGACCUCACGCCGUCCAUGCGCGACAUCAACAAGAAGUUCUCUGUACGAUACUACCUCAACCUGGUGCUCGUGGAUGAGGAGGAACGUCGGUACUUCAAACAACAGGAGAUAACGCUGUGGCGUAAGGGGGAGCGACUUCGACGCCCUCUACAGGAGCAACUGCUUGCACAGCAACAAGCCAUGCAGCAGCUGCACCUUAUCGGACCCACGGCUAGUGCAGCUGCCCCCGCCACGUCAACGUAUGAACGGCGACAGUCGCAGGCGGGAGAAGUCCCUCCUAUGGGCGCCGAGCCUCCAUCUCCCCACCAAUCGCAGUCACCAAUGCAAGAGGAAAUUCCUUCGUCUAGUACCCAGUCACAUAUGCCAACUGCAUCUCCCUUCCAACAGCGCUCUCAAAAUGCAGACUCUUUGGGCGAAAAUAAAAUUAACUCCACUGAUGCCGCCCCACCAAUACAGUCUGCACCUAUGUCUGAAAGCGCAGCAGCUGCGGCCACCUCUGUAACUCCCAUAGGGACUUCUGAAACGGCUCCGUCUGUUCCAGAAAUCGGCGAUUCGGCUUCAGUUCCUGUUUUAGCUGCAGCUUCUAAUGAAACCCCAGCUCCAAGUAUGAUGCCUUCUGCGUCAGAUUCUGCCAACGUGACCUCUGCCUCGAUAGAAGCCUCCCCAGUCAUUACCAGGAGUGCUGAAGCUCAGCCAACAACUGCAGUAACGCCACUUGUGGCUCCAAACACUCCUCCACUUGUGCCUGCUUCUCCUGCAGGGCCCUUGCAUAGCGUCACUCCUCCUCCUAUCGAAGAUGGCGCUGUCAAUGGCAAUUUAACCCACAGUCCACUUGAGACUCCCUCCAUGGCUGUUACUGAUGACGACCUUACAGUUUCUGCUCAGGCCGCUUCGUCUUCAAAAACACCAUCAUCGAAUAAAAGUUCUGACAUUCCGCCUCUGGUCGGGUUCAGCGAGCCUCCAGAGCUGCCCUCACCCCCCAGUGACCCCGUCGAGUCUCCUGAAGAAGAGUUUCUUGAGGCUUCAGCGGCAUCGCCCACUGCGUCUUCUCAGAAAAAGGAGCCCGUCGCGGCGCAGUGAACGUCAUUGUAAAACAACUCGCUCUUGGCUUGGAGGCACUCGCUGGCAGACUUUUUGUCUGUCCUUAUCAAUGAAAAUUGGCUGUUACUCUAAAUCCUUGUAAAUUCUCAAAUAUUCUUGACUGUUAUUUUUUUUAAUAAUCUCUUGCUCCGGUCCCUUGCCCAAUUGUUUGAAAGUCUGCAAAAUUUGAGUGACAAUUUGACAAUGACUCUGAAUUAUUUCAUCAGAUGACUGGAUCAUAGGAUCAGUGUUUGUCACUCCAUUGAACUUGAUAGCAUACAGAUUUCUUGAAACUUGUAAUCCUUUCCUUUGCAUGCUAAGAAAAUAGAUCUGAGGAGUGCAUAAAUGAUGCUGUCUCGGCCGUUUUGUGAGAUAAUUUUAUUUUGGGUGUACGAAAGCCAUGGCGACAAUUCAAAGAUAUUUACGCUUCAUUUGCUUAAAGAUUAUAUCUUAGUUAUGAUUCCUCGAAGCCCACCAAAUUUCAUUAUGUUGAUAGUUAAUGCCCUGAAAUAGUUAAUGCCCUGAAAUAGUUAAUACUUUUUGAUAGUUAAUGCCACCUGUCAGCGCUUCUCUUCAACAGAAAAAGAAUUGAAAAGCUGAUGCUUUCAGCGGCGCUGUUCGCAGUCCAGCUGAUCCACGAGAUUAACAGCAACUUUGCUUCUCUUAUUAUAUCAUCGGUUAAUUUCGGUUUCCUGUGCAAAAAGAUGUAUACUGAGCAUUCUGUGUGCACCGAACUACAGUCCACAGCCCACGUAUCUGAAUUUUUUUGGGAUCCGCGUUUUACUGUGCAUGCACAGUACAACUAAUGCUCAUACUGUAAUAUACAUGUGCAUUUGUAUUGCGAUUGCUCAAUUCAUUUGGCUUCAAGUUUUUGGAGUGAUAUAAUAACGGUACGUUGUAUUUGAAAGCUGCAUGCCAGAGUCAAUAUUUCGUUCACUCUCUCGUAUAAUUUAAAAUUUUUAAUUCUGUACAAGUCAACAACUGAGACCCGCGGUUCACUUUACUAGCUAACGCUGAGAAGUUUACUUUCACCUUCAUUUAAUAUGAGCUCAGUGAAUAGAAUGAAUUUCCUUCAACGGGUGAAGAACCUCGCAGUAACGACGAAAUUGAGAUGGUAACAAAUCAUGAAGCCACCUCUUAUUUUGUUAUUUCCUCUAAGAAUUAGUACGAACCUCAAAACCACAUAUGAGAGCAAAGUGAUUUGGGUGAUCGAAAGUAUAACCUGCACUUGACCUGUCGAACGAUGCCUUCGUAAGAUUACGCUCCUAGCAACUACGUAGCUUGAUCUACUCUGCCGACAAUUUUCAAACCUGUCGGUCUUCUAGAAAUUGUUAAUUUCCUAUUGAAUUCAGUGAUGAUUUAUGUGAAUAAAAGUUAACUUGUACAUGUUUGGAAUAUAUAUUCAGUGCGAAUUUCUUUCUUGUAGAGUUUUACAUGGCUUCUCUGAAACUGUUAAUGAAGAUGGAUGAAGAUUAUCGAUGCUUAUUCUCGUGCGUGCAUAAUCUUAACUGUAGAUACACGAAUAUCAUGCUUGGAUGAAGUGAUUUUUUACUUCCGUGUCAUGUUAAACUCUAUUCACGCAGGCUAAGAAAGGUACGUUUUAUCGAUAUUGCCUGGUCCCUCUGUACUCAUAUCUGCAGGAGUGCAUGUGUUCAAAUUUCUAUUCACAUUUGAAUACUCUCUACACGAACUGAC